AUGGAGUUGAAUGUUUGUUAUUGUUUCUUUCAAAUUUCAGACAUUCAAACAAUGAAGAACAACCAGACAAUCCUGAAGGAAUUCAUUCUUGUUGGCUUUUCUGUGUACCCACAUGCACAGACAUUUCUUUUUGUGGUCUUCUUUUGUCUCUACCUUCUCACCCUUGCAGGUAAUCUGACCAUCAUGGGUCUAACUUGGGUGGACAGGUACCUCCACACCCCUAUGUAUCUGUUUCUUAGUGCACUUUCCUUCUCUGAGACCUGCUACACAUUGACUAUCAUCCCCAACAUGCUGGAAGAUCUACUGGCCAAGGACAGAAGCAUUUCAGUCAUAGGUUGUAGCUUACAGAUGUGUUUCUUCUUGGCUCUUGGUGGCACAAACUGUAUCAUCCUCACUUUGAUGGGAUAUGACCGCUUCCUGGCCAUCUGUAACCCUCUAAGAUAUCCACUGCUUAUGACCAACAUUGCAUGUGGAAAACUUGUGGCCUCUGCUUGCACUGGAGGCUUCUUUGUCUCUCUUACAGAGACUGUACUGAUAUUCAGGAACUCUUUCUGCAGACCCAACUUUGUCAAACACUUCUUCUGCCACAUGCGGGCAGUUGUUAGGCUGUCCUGCAUAGACAGUAACCUCACAGAAUUCAUUGUAACACUGAUCUCAGUGUCCGGCUUGCUGGGUACCUUCCUGCUCAUUAUCCUGACUUACAUCUUCAUUAUUUCUACGGUCCUCAGGAUCCCUUCCACUGAGGGCAAGCAGAGGGCCUUCUCCACCUGUGCCUCCCACCUCACAGUGGUUAUAAUCCACUUUGGUUUUGCAUCUAUCGUUUAUUUGAAGCCAGAAGACUCAGGAGGAGAUGACACACUCAUAGCAGUCCCUUAUACUGUCAUUACCCCCUUCCUCAGCCCCAUCAUAUUCAGCCUGAGGAAUAAGGACAUGAAAAAUGCUUUCAGAAGAAUGACAGGAAACACAGUUGCCUUAAAAAAAUAAUCUUAGGUUGUUGCUGCUCGUUUGAAGCAUGGCUCAAUGUCCCCAGAAUUCAAUGAGGGCAUUUAUCCUAUGACACCUGGAGAAGCCUAAACCACUUGCCUUGUUCCAGAGGUUGGGAUAUAAGCAGCAAGUAACUGAGACUGGGAACUAAGUCAUCACAGGCAUCUAGCUUGUUAUGAGAAGUUGUCCAACCCUUCUACUAUCCAGUAUCAGAAGAAGAAUGCCCCUGCAGAUAUAGGAUUCUAAUAAUCAACUUCCAUGUCUCCUGAAUAUUCAUUAAUUGGGUAAAGAGUGUGGAAGGAAAAAAAAAGGCAUAUAAAACCACUGCAUUGAGAGAUGUUUUAAAUAUCUAAAGCUGUCAGCCAUGGCUGGUGGCUCACACUUGUAAUCCCAGCACUUUGGGAGACCGCGGGAGGGUCACUUGAGGCCAGGAGUUUGAGACCAGUCUGGCCAACAUGGUAAAACCUUGUCUCUACCAAAAAUACAAAAGUUAAUCUGGCAUGGUGGUGGGCACUCGUAGUCCCAGCUACUCGGGAGGCUGAGGCAGGAGAAUCGCCUAAACCCAGGAGGCAGAGGUAACAGUGAGUGGAGACCACGCCAUUUCACUCCAGCCUGGGUGACAAAAGCAAAACUCCAUCUCAAAUAAUAAUAAUAAUAAAAGUUCAGGAAUUUUUAGGCAAAAUUAUGAAGUACUGGAAUGUGCCUUCCAUAAGACAAAUGAUUUCUGACAACAUGUAUGAGUAUUGAUGUAAUUUUGAGUUCUGUUACUUAUGGGAAUGUAUAAAUGAAAUAAUGGAUAAACUUAUGCAUAUUAACUAAUUAAGUUUACCACUGACCAUGACUCUCUUUCUUUGGGAUUAUUUUCAUGACACAUGUACAGACAAAAAUCUCAGCUACUUUUAAUCUGCAGCCAUUACUUAGUGGCAAGAGUCUUCUUUUACUUUGGUUCCACUCCUGACAAUUGGUUGUUUAAUCUAGGGAAGCUAAACAUCUCAAAAAUAAAUACUAUUUACUCCCUUAUGGUGGAUGCAGAGGAUAUUACGUCAAGUCUAGACUCAAGAUCCUGAACCUAAAUUUGGACCAAUUAGCCUGCUUGUGCCUGAUAUAGUGACUGUGGUGGGGAUUGCUAGUUGCCAGAAAUAAAUAACUAAAUGGAAGCUGAAAAUACCUAAAGACUCAUGCACAUAUGGGCACUUGCUUUAUGACAAAUAAAACAUUGCAGAACAGUGAGAAAAUGAUAGACAUUCAAUAUAACUGGUGCUAGGAAAAUAGCAUAUCCAUAUGGGAAAAACAAAAUCUGGAAAAAAUAAUUUCUAAAAAUCAAAAACUAAAUUUGAAAAGUGAAACUGUUAAACUUUUAGAGAUAAUAGAAGAUUGCUUCACUAACGGGAUAGAAAAUACUGUUUAAAUUGUGUGUAAAAUUUUUAACUAAAAGGAAAAAGUCUGAUUAAAUAAAAAAUGAGACAUUUUGUUCAUCAAAAAGACAUUAUUGACAGAGUGGAAAAGAAAACCAAAUAAUAUAGCUAUACAGAAAUUUCAGAGAGUGAUAAGUAUGAAAUUUAGGAUCACGAUUCCUUUUAGAAGGAGGAGUCUGUAAUGAGCGGGACAGGAGGCACAUGGAACAGCUCCUGAUGGGCAGCAUUCUUUUCCUUGGUCUAGGUGGUAAUUGCAAAGGGUUUUGCCCAUGAGAGAUUAAAUAAGCUAUGUAUUUGUUUAGAUACUUUUCUGUGUUUAACUUUAUUUUAUAAUGUAAGGAUUAAACAAAGCAAUGCACAGAAAGAGAAAAAGUCUGUAACAUGUAACUGGCAAAGGCCCUCAUUUGGUAUAUACAGUCAUCUGUCACUUAACAAUGAGAAUGUAUUCUGAGUAAUAUGUAAUUUUGUGAUUUUGCCCCUGUGUAAACAUCACAGAGUGUACUUACACAAACCUACUCUGCAUGUAGACUGUAUGAUACAGCCUAAUGCUCCUAGGUUACAAACAUGUACAGUAUGUUACUGUACUGAAUACUGUAGACAAUUCUAACUCAAUGGUGUUUAUGUAUCUAAACAUAUCUAAGCAUAGACAAGGCACAGUUGAAAUACAGUAUUAUAACCUGUGGAACCACCAUUGUCUGUGUGGUCUGCCAUUGACCAAAACAUCAUUGUGUCAUUUAUGACUGUAUAAAUAAUUUCUAGAAGAAAUAAAAUUCUCAAUAAAUAAAAAGACAAAGGAAAAAUUUCUGAGAUGCAAAUAGAUCCUUUAUAAAAGAGAAUAUUUAAAUGUUCAAUAAAUACCUUAAAACGUGCUUGAUCUCAUUAGUAAGCAUGAAAAUGAACAUUAGAACCUCAGUGAAGUACUAUCACAAACUCACUUGAAUGGUUAAAAUUAAAAGGCUGGAUUAAUGAGUGUUGAAAAAGAAACAUAAAGCAACAAGAACUCUUCAGCGCUCUUAAUAAGAGUGUGUAAUUGUUCAGUCAUUUUAGGAAACAGUCUGGUAUUACAAGCUUAUUUUGGAGAUACUCAUAACCUGUGGUUAAACUUUGCUACUCUUAGGAGUAUGCCCAUGUGUAUCAUGACAUACACCGAUGUCCUUAAACACAGUAUUUGCAAAAUGGCAAAAGCUGAAAAUUAUUCAGCUAAUUUACUACAGAAUGGAUAGAAAAAUUAUGGCAUAUUCAUGUAUGCCAUAAUUAUUUCUUUG